GUUCUGUAAUAAAACCCCGAGGGAGAGACAGCCCGCCCCAAGUCUCAAUCGUUUCCGACUUGUCUUGCGAACUGCGUAAACCUCGCGGCGCGUGAGAUCUCAAUCGCCAUCAUCAUCAGAUGGCUUCAGCCAAGACGGUCUUAUCAGUUAUAGCUGCAACCGUGUUACUCACCUCUCUGGUCUGGAAACUCACUUCCUCAUCUUCCUCCGCCGACUCCGUCGCUUUCAUCAAAAAGACCGUCUCCUCCAACAAGAUCGCCAUCUUCUCCAAGUCUUAUUGCCCAUACUGUCGAAGGGCGAAGGCUGUUUUCAAAGAGUUGAAACAGGUGCCGUAUGUGGUUGAGCUUGACGAGAGAGUUGAUGGUCGGGACAUCCAAGAUGCUUUGAGCGAGAUUAUUGGAAGGCGUACUGUACCGCAGGUGUUUGUAAAUGGAAAGUACAUUGGGGGAUCUGAUGAUACUGUUGCAGCAUAUGAAAGUGGAGAACUGGCCAAGCUUCUAGGCCUGGAGGGCAAGCAUAAGGAUGACCUGUAGACAGUUACCAACAACCAGAAACUUGCAAGUUAUUUAUCAUCAAAAUUGAAUGCAUUGUUGUAAACUAACGCCUUCACUAUCAAUUGGGGUAUGAUAAUUUACAGAAGAUGCUUCAUUAGUUCAUUCUUCAUUUGUAUGCUUCAUGUACUGAUUGGGAUAUUAUAUGCAGUAGUUACAC